AUGGCGGUGUCCGAGGCCCAGCUCAAGAAGAUGCUGAGCAAGUACAAAUACAGAGACUUAUCAGUACGAGAAAUCCUAAACGUCACCGGAUUGUACAGAGAUCUCAAACCAACGCUUGACUCCUAUGUGUUCAACGAUGGCACCUCCAGGGAACUGUUGAGCCUCUCUGGGACGAUUCCUGUGCCAUACAAAGGUAACACAUACAAUAUUCCAAUAUGCCUGUGGCUGCUGGACACCUACCCUUACAACCCCCCCAUCUGCUUUGUGAAACCCACCAGUACGAUGACCAUCAAAACCGGGAAACACGUGGAUGCCAAUGGCAAGAUCUACCUCCCAUAUCUGCAUGAAUGGAAGCAUCCUCCAUCAGACCUACUCGGCUUAAUCCAGAUCCUGAUUGUUGUGUUCGGCGAAGAGCCUCCAGUGUUCUCUCGAUCAUCGGCACCAGCUCCAUACAUGUAUCCAGCACAGGGACCCCCCAACACCUCAUACAUACCUGGCUCUAUGCCCCCGUAUCCUGCAGCUGGUCAUCCGUCUAACCCCAGUGGCUAUCCUGGCUAUUACCCCCCUGGCGGACAAUACCCACCAACGUCUGGUCCCGGGAUGUUUCCCCAGCCCCCUGUGCCUCACCCUCAGGUCACCAGCUCUGGUCCAGCCAGGGAUGGCACCAUUGGCGAGGACACUAUUCGAGCCUCCCUCAUUUCAGCCGUUAGUGACAAGUUAAGAUGGCGGAUGAAGGAAGAGAUGGAUCGCGCACAGGCGGAGCUUAAUGCAUUGAAACGCACAGAAGAAGAUCUGAAGAAAGGACACCAGAAGUUGGAGGAGAUGGUCACUCGGCUAGACCAGGAGGUGACGGAAGUAGACAAAAACAUUGAGACACUGAGAAAGAAGGAUGAGGAGCUGGGCGCCGUGGUGGAGAAAAUGGAGAGCCAAUCAGAAUACAGAGACAUUGAUGAGGUUAUUGUGCCAACCGCCCCCCUCUACAAGCAGAUCCUGAACCUGUACGCGGAGGAGAACGCCAUAGAGGACACCAUCUUCUAUCUGGGGGAGGCGCUCCGAAGAGGCGUUAUUGACUUGGAUGUUUUCCUGAAGCACGUCCGACUGUUGUCCCGCAAGCAGUUCCAGCUCCGAGCGCUGAUGCAGAAAGCCAGGAAGACAGCGGGGCUUAGUGACCUUUAUUAA